AUGGGAAAAUCAGCGACGAUCAACCCAAUCAGACUCUGCCAGUGGAGUGUGUUGGGCGUUGCAGCCCAGACGUGGCAUCUCAAAAAAUUUCUUCUUGAGAUGAACCUGAGCAGGAAGAAAAUGGCAUCGCCCUCAGCCUUAGGAAGCUCGCCCUCGAAGCCCAGAAGUCCAAGCAGGGUCCUCCCUGGCCGUGGCGUCCUUUGGUCUUCAGCUAAGAUUCUCGUGUGUGCUUCGCGGCGGCUGUCACACAUCUGGGCCGGCGACCCUGGGCAUACUUCCGCCCACAAGCUUUAUUUAGAGUAA